UGUCGGAGCGGGUUGUUGCCACUCAUAUGUUGCCGAUAGUUAAAGCAUGUCGAAUCAGCUCCAGCCGGCUCUCCCGAGCCAACAGCAGCAGCAGCAGCAGCAGCAGCAGCCCAAACUGAUCUCCGCUCCUUUCCCACAGUGCUUUGUGAACCCGUUUAACAACCCUCUUCAGAUCAGAAGGAAUGUAAUAACAGACGAUUACAGUGUAACCAGCCAGGUGCUCGGGAUGGGGAUAAAUGGCAGAGUGCUGGAAGUAUUCCACAGAGAGAGUGGAGAAAAGUUUGCACUUAAGAUGCUGCAGGAUUGUCCAGAGGCCAGACGGGAGGUGGAGCUCCACUGGAAGGUGUCACCUUGCCCCCACAUUGUGCCCAUCAUCGAUGUUUAUGAGAAUCUCUACCACGGCAGGAAGUGCCUCCUCAUCAUAAUGGAGUGUAUGGAUGGAGGUGAAUUAUUCUGUCACAUUCAAGACAGAGGGAAUCACGCAUUUACAGAAAGAGAGGCCUCUGACAUCAUGAAAAGUAUAGGGGAAGCCAUACAUUUCUUGCAUUCCAUCAACAUCGCCCACAGAGACAUCAAGCCAGAGAACCUGCUGUACACCUCCAAAAGGCCAGAUGCUCUCCUCAAGCUGACGGACUUUGGGUUUGCCAAAGAAAUCACCACCUUAAACUCUUUAGCGACACCUUGUUUUACCCCCUACUAUGUUGCUCCAGAAGUUCUUGGUCCAGAGAAGUACGACAGAUCCUGUGACAUGUGGUCCCUGGGCGUCAUCAUGUAUAUUCUACUUUGUGGAUAUCCUCCCUUUUUCUCACACCAUGGUCUGGCAAUAUCCCCAGGAAUGAAAAGACGGAUCCGUAACGGACAAUAUGAUUUCCCCAACGCAGAGUGGUGCGAUGUGUCUGAGGAAGCCAAACAUCUAAUCUGUCACUUACUGAAAACCGAGCCCACCCAGAGAAUGAACAUCACCGACUUCAUAAACCAUCCCUGGAUCAAUCAGUCUGUGGAGGUCCCACAGACGCCUCUUCACACCAGCCGCGUGCUGCAGGAGGAGCAAGAGGUCUGGGAGAAGGUUAAGGAGGAAAUGACAAACGCCUUGCAAACGAUGAGAGUGGACUAUGAGCAAAUAAAAAUCAAAACCAUCGAUGACUCAACUAAUCCUCUACUGUUGAAGAGAAGAAAGAAAAGUAAAAACGCUGCCACACAACUUCCAGGCUUGUGAAGUACAGCCUGUGUAAGAGGUAUUCAGUUUCACACAGACACAUGCACAACAAUUAGUUGGGAAAAAAGCUUUCAAGGCGAACUUUAGGGAUGUUUUGCAUUGUCAAGUGGCUCUAAUACCUUUAUAGUAUAUUUUGAACGGUUUUAAUUUAUUUCUGUUUACCUUAAAUUAUGUUAUUUUAAAACUUAUAAAGCAUCGAUAAGCGUUUUUAGAAAUGUGCUUUAAGGACUUUCUAUGCAUUGAAAAGUAUUCUGUGUGUGCAUCAAUGCAUAUUCAUAAAUCCUCUCAAAGAGGAAACAGAAAUCUGCUGUAUUUUUAUUAGUUUAAGGUUCAUGUUUGGCAUCAACUGACGUGUUUUCUGCCUCUUGUGUUUUUCUGCUCUCAGCGUAAGAAACCGUUGAGAAUGACUUGUUUUGCCUCGAGGGCGUUGUUAAGAUAGUUUGCUCGCAUUGAUUCAUUUUGUCAAUUGAAUGACUAUUACCAGAAACCACAUCUUGUGUUUGUGAUGCUAGUAUUUCUAAUUGUGGGUGUGCAGUAUCUAAAACGUAUUGACCAUAUGUAGCGCUUAUCAAGCUUGCUGUGCUCAUGAGACAGAAACUGAGUCUUGUAGCUUGUUUAGCAUUAAAGCAGUAACUUAAAUAAAUAAAAGUGGACAGUAGACUUUUAGAGGACGACAAGAGGUGGAAAAUGUCACUAUUGUCUGUCUUUUGCUCUGGAUUAAAUC